AUGUCCGUAUCCUGCCCGGCCGGACCGGUCUGGCUGUUUCCGGGCGUCUCUAUCGUCGAGAGCUUCGUGUCCCUGGUCGGUCAUGAUCUUGCGCAGGCGCAGGUCACUCGCGAGAGACAGGAGACUCAGACCUGGCUCGCCUACUUUGCCAGCUUCUUCGUCCCCGCUCGAGCGCCCAGGGAGCGAACACCGAUCAUCAUGCUCAGUGACAAGACAGGCAUUGCCGGUCGGGAUGCACAGAUGCUGCUCAAUGAAGCAAGACGGAUUCAGUGGUCUGAGAGCCAGGCUACAUUCCACAGGUCGGCGAGAUACGCAGGCGUACUCAGCUUUGUCUGCUUGGCCUUCUUGCUCUGGAUGUGGAUAGAAGAUCUCGCGUCACUAACUCGACUGCUAUCUACCCCUCGGGACGCACUGCGGUUGCAACUCUGCCAGGCUGGCCUCAUCAUUCGGACAUGUACACUGCUCGACCUCUUGCUCAUCAUGGUCUGUCUCAGAUGGGUUCGACGAGCUUCACGGGCCGUUGUAGCCAUCAUCCUCACUUCCGGCCUGCUGCUCGCCGCCAAUAUACUCCUUGCGGUCAUCAACCUCGGCUUGACGUUCACUUGGGCUGGCAUGAAUGUCGACGGGAGAGAUAUCACACUACGGUGUUACUGGUCCGUCGAUGCGGUAUGGCAAGUCGGUCCUUCUGGCAGAACAUGUGUCUCAUCCGACGCUGCCUCCUCUCGGUCCUGGCAAAUCGCUGCUGGCGUCAGACUCGUCAUUACACUCUGUCUCGGCAUGACGUGGCUCCUCUCGCUCGUGCGACAUCGCGUUCUGAUGCAACUGUUGCGCAAUCCCAGCAAGCUAGACUUGAUGACGCCCUCUGCUGAGGCCAAUAAGCUCCUACUCGGCAAAUCUGCUCGUGUCGUCUCGCUGCAGAGAUCGGUGGCGACACCGCUAAGCUCAGAUGAGGAGCAAGGAUUGCCACCUAUGCCUGAGCAUCACCCGCGUCAGCUCAUCAGCGAUAGCGAACCCAGUACUUGGGCAAAGACAAUACUGGCUGGCUUUGCCUGGCUGACCGGAUCUGCGCGACGUUCGGCCGGAGUGGAUACCUUGCAAAGCGCGAUAGAAUAUGCGCCGGUCACGGAUCUGGACGACACUGUUCAUAGAUUAGGCGCACCCGUACCCUCGCGUGCACCGCAAGGAAGAGAGCGUAUCCAAGACGUUUGGCCACCCCGCGGGCCUGCGUAUGACCAACCACCUAUGGACAGACAUAUCGAUCGCGAGACGACCUUUUCACGCUGGUUUGGGAGCUGGCGAUGA